AUGCGGCGGUGGAGCUUUGCAGCGGUGCCGGAUCCCUUCAAGGGUAUUAAGCAGAUCGAUGUUUUCGGUUGGGGUUCUCAGGGACCUGCUCAAGCUCAGAACUUGAGAGAUUCUCUAGCUGAAGCAAAGUCUGAUAUUGUGGUCAAGAUUGGGCUAGGAAGGGGUCCCGUUCUUUUGAUGAAGCUCGCGCAGCUGGCAGAUAAUUAUGAGAAAAUAUUCUCACACAUGAAACCAAACAGCAUACUAGGUCUUUCCCACGGUUUCCUUCUGGGGCAUUUGCAGUCAGUAGGACUUGACUUUCCUAAGAAUAUCAGUGUAAUUGUUGUUUGCCCGAAGGGAAUGGGCCCAUCAGUAAGGAGACUUUAUGUUCAAGGCAAAGAGAUAAAUGUGGAGGUUAGACAGGUGAGUAUAAAAUCAGCUAAUUUUUCAUGGGAAGAGCAUUUGCUGAAGUCCACACUGAGAAAUAUAAAUGUGGAGGUUAGACCAGGUGAAAAGGUUGCUAUAUGUGGAUAA